AUGGGAGGUGAUCUCCAAGAAGUUUAUGAGCUCUGCCGACCAAAGGAAUGGAAGGUUUGGUUCGAGUUUGCCGCCUUCUUGUAUGGGCUCUUGGAUAACGCCCUUCUGUAUCAUCUCAAGUACGAGCAGCCCAAGCCCGCGGGCAGGAGUGAAUCCGGUUUCUUGGCAGGACUCAAUAUAAGCUUGAAGUAG